AUGGACAGUGGAAAGAACAUUAACAAUCUUGGUGAAGUCUCAUUUUCUUGUUACCUUGGCACAGCAGAAGAGAAAUAUAUACAGAAGAUUACAGAAUCGGUUCAGUAUCCGCAUCAUUCAAUCACUUCAAGCCCAGACCUUCCCUCUUUGAUAACCUUGGAAAGAAGCAAGUCUGGAGACGGUGAAAUUGGCGUCUUUGAAGCUCAGAAAUACUACAACAUGAGAUUAGAUGAUGGUCCAGUUAUUAUUGAUACUGCAACUACUCAUGAUCAUGGCUACAGGAAAGGAAACCAGGUUGAACUUCUCCGUGUUAAAACAAAGAGCAGGCCAGGGACUCCAAGUGUGACUUCUGAAGCAAGUUGGAAUAGCCAAACUGCUCUAUUGCCAACAUAUCAGAGAAGCCUACCUCAAGCUCAAAGUAAGCCUAAAAGGGUACAUGGAAAGAGUGGUCUUUUCUCUGGUUUUAGCUGCCAUGGAUCUUGUACUGAUAAAAAAUCAGUUUAUGUUAGUCCAAAUGUUGAGCAUGCUGAGACAGUUCAGGGAAGAGAUCACAGAAAAGAAGCUACUCAAAUUGUUCUUAGUCCUAACAUGUUGGAUGGUGGAAAGCUGAAACCGAGAUUGAAGGUGAAAGAUGAGUUUCAUAAGCCAAGUCAUGAAAAGACGAGAAGUAGUAUUACUAGCGUGGAAUCAAACAAAGAAGAGAUUGUUGCGAUCCCAGUUGCAAAUUCUGCAGUGAAAAACCUGGCCAUUAAAAGACAGUUGGCAAAAGAUAGAAUCAUAGAAGAAGAAGAAUCACGAAAAUCGCUAGAGGUGUUCGGUUCUCAUACACUGAAAAAGGGGGUAAUUGAAAUGAACCUUGACAGGAAACUUUCUAUGUUAAGUUGGGAUGCAAUUCCAAAGACACUAAAACUCCCAACUUCUUCAUUGAGGAGCCAAGUGUAUGAAGAUAUAGACAGUGAUGGUAGCUCUGAUCUAUUUGAAAUAGAGAACAUAUCAGGCAGUGGACAGGCAUUGUUCACAGGGGGAACAUGUGAUGGUGUAUCUGGCUGCAUGUCUCCAACUCCUUAUGCACGAAGCGAGACCAGCAUUGAGUGGAGUGUUGUCACUGCAAGUGCUGCUGAUUUCUCAGCUAUCUUGGAUUAUGAUGGAUCAAAACUUACAGAAAAUUUUAAUGCUAGUCCUGACGCAAUUCAAGUUGCCAAAACCAAAUUCAUGGUGGAGAAGGAUUCACAAAGUGGUGGUUCGGGCAAACUACUCAGUUGCAAGAGUCAUAAAGCAGUUAGAGUUGCUGAAAAUGCUUACAGAACUAGUGAGAAGGCCAAGUUUCAUCCACAACAACCUCAAAGAUCAGUUAACCACAUGCCAGUAUGUAAGGUACAAGCCAACAUCGAUGAAAGGUUUUGA